ACUUUUUUCCAUCUCCAGCUUUACGCUCUGCCUCUUCAUCUGAAGUCCGGGAUUCACCUUUCCUUGGAAGAGGUCAACACUUGAUGGAGUUUCUUGGAAUUAAUAUCCUCUGGAACUGAAGGUGUCUUUUUACAGGCUGUUUCACUCUUGGUCUUUUUACAGGCUGUUUCACUCUUGGUCUUGGUAUCCUGAAAUAGCUCAAUCCGGUUGCAGGGACUCGGUUGUGCCCAGUUUGGAGCCCUCCGAAACAGUACCUCUGGGGACUGAGGAAUCUCUCCCACACUGAGGAGAGAGGUCAACUCUCGCUCUGCCCUCAUUGCUUUUUCCUAUUUCCCUUCUUUUUCUCACAUUGCUAAAGAUCUCUGUAACACACAGGAUUUCUCCUUUCUGUAGAGGCAAACUGAGACUGAAAAAGAGUGUCUAUGAGAGAUUUAUUUUAGGAGAUAAGGCUUUCUCUCUCUCCUCUCUCUGAGCGGCAUUGUACAGUUGUUCAAUUUAGGAGCUCGUCUUUGGAUUUGGACAUCAGACGACACCACUUCAAAGUCUAAAUCCUACAACAGCUACUUAAGGAAAUCUGUCAGGAGGACUGAACACCACUGGUCUUGUUGAGACCUGUAAAGGCUACAGCACUUGGGACUCGACAUUUCUGCCUCUACUCAGCUUCCCUCCUGACAGCCAGUUACGGCUGACCCUGGGUCAUCAGAGGGAGGUGCUUCCUCCCCUGCCCUCCACCACCUGACUCAUCCUAACCCCAGCGGGGCACACCUGUGAUCCGGGGGCUGUUCCAGGAGGGGGACCCACCUCCCUGGGUUUCCCGAGACACAGGCAGCAUGCGGCUGGUAUAGACCCGGAAGGACAGUCCUUUGGAGUGGAUGAGCUCCUUCUGAGCUCCUUCUGAGCUCCUGCUCCUCUCCAAAGCCUUUGUUCUGGAUCAGUGUUAACUCGUUUUUUUUGUUUGCACAGCAAGUCAUACAUUUUUUUUUUUAACCUAAAAUGAACAAAGAUCCCAGAUUCCCCAGGAAGGGGAGCCAGUUGUGCUUCAGCCCAAGCAGCUACGGUCGGAGACACUCCUGCUUAGGUUUUGAUGUGGAGAAUGGGCUUUCGGUGGGGCGCAGCCCCCUGGACCCCCAGGCCAGUCCCGGCUCCGGCCUGGUCCUGCAGGCCAACUACCCACACAGCCAGCGCCGUGAGUCCUUCCUGUACCGCUCCGAUUCGGACUUCGACCUCUCUCCCAAAGCCAUGUCCCGGAACUCCUCCACAACCAGCGAGCUGGAAGAGGGCUUGAAGCACUGGGAGGUCGGUUGGCUGCCGCGACAUGGAGAAGACAUGAUUGUGACGCCAUUUGCACAGGUGCUUGCCAGUCUCCGGACAGUCAGAAGCAAUUUUGCCGUCAUAACUCAUCUGCAGGAUCGACCGAGCAGGAGGUCGUCAGGAAGCAACUCCACUGCAAUGCCUGCCAGUAGCAAGCCCAGCAUGACAGAGGAGCCCUACCCGAAGCUGGCCAUGGAAACGCUGGAGGAACUCGACUGGUGUCUGGACCAGCUGGAGACCCUGCAGACCAGGCACUCUGUUGGUGAGAUGGCUUCCAACAAGUUCAAAAGGAUGCUGAACAGAGAGCUCACUCAUUUGUCAACCAGCCGGUCGGGAAACCAAGUCUCAGAGUACAUUGCCAGCACUUUCCUAGAAAAGCAACAUGAUGUGGAGAUUAUGUCCGGGCCUCCUAAGGAGAAGGACAAAAAGAAGAGGCCCAUGUCCCAGAUUGUCGCGGUGAAGAAGCCUGGCGUCAGCCUCAGCCUUGCCCCCACCCAGAUCCCCCGCUUUGGGGUCACGACCCUGCAGGAGGUUCUACUGGCCAAGGAAUUUGAAGACAUCAAUAGAUGGGGCUUGGAUAUUUUCAAGGUAGCUGAAUUCUCCGGGAAUCGUCCAUUGACGGUGGUCAUGUACUCCAUUUUCCAGGAGCGAGAGCUGCUGAAGACCUUUAAGAUCCCAGCCGACACCUUCAUCACCUUCAUGAUGACCCUUGAGGACCACUACCAUGCCGACGUGGCCUACCACAACAACACCCACGCCGCCGACGUGGUCCAGUCCACCCACGUCCUCCUGUCCACUCCCGCCCUGGAGGCGGUCUUCACUGACCUGGAGAUCAUGGCUGCUCUGUUUGCCAGUGCCAUACACGAUGUGGACCACCCUGGGGUGUCCAACCAGUUCCUCAUCAACACAAACUCUGAGCUAGCUCUGAUGUACAAUGAUGCCUCGGUCCUGGAGAACCACCAUCUGGCUGUGGGCUUCAAGCUACUGCAGGAGGAGAACUGUGACAUCUUCCAGAACCUCAGCAAGAAACAAAGGCAGUCCCUCAGGAAGAUGGUCAUUGACAUGGUGUUGGCCACAGACAUGUCGAAGCACAUGCACUUCCUGGCUGACCUGAAGACCAUGGUGGAGACCAAGAAGGUGACCAGUCUGGGGGUGCUGCUGCUGGACAACUACUCAGACCGCAUCCAGGUUCUCCAGAACAUGGUCCACUGCGCUGACCUCAGCAACCCCACCAAACCCCUGGAGCUGUACCGCCAGUGGACGGACCGCAUCAUGGUGGAGUUCUUCACCCAGGGGGACCGGGAGCGGGAGAAGGGCAUGGAGAUCAGCCCCAUGUGUGACAAACACAACGCCUCCGUUGAGAAGACCCAGGUGGGAUUCAUCGACUACAUCGUCCACCCUCUCUGGGAGACCUGGGCCGACCUGGUGCACCCUGAUGCCCAGGACAUCCUGGACACCCUGGAGGACAACAGGGAGUGGUACCAGAGCAUGAUCCAGCGCAGCCCCUCGCCCCCCCCAGAAGACGGGGACCCUGACGACGGGGGGUCAGCGGCCGCACUGGGGGCCACACAGGGCACCCACACUGGGGACAAGUUCCAAUUUGAGCUCACCCUAGAGGAGGAGGAGGAGGAGGAGGAGGAAGAAGAAGACUGUGACAUUGACUCGGACCUGGAGAGCCCUCCAGCGGAGGAGACCUUUGGGAAGACCCUGUCCCCGACUGGGUCUUUGGAGCCGGGCAGCAGCAGGUACCGGCCCCCCUCCCCUCAUCCCGGCCGGGCUCUGAGUCUGGCCCCCAUGUCGGUCAGGAGCCCCAGCCGCCUCAGGACGUUGAGCCCCGGGCUGGACGGGGGAGAUGGGGAAAGAGACCCGGGCCAUGGAGGCAGUAGCGUAGCAUACCGGCACCUGGGUACGUAACAGCAACCAUGGUUCUGCCACCGGCUCGGUCUGUGGGUCCCAGCAGCCGUUACACAUGCAGGGCGGGCCUCUAGUCAAGUCUUUACGAACAAUUCCCUUUACACUGGAGACGAUUUGAAAAAGCCCCCCCCCUCCGUUAUCUUGUAGAACAAGAAGUAUCGUUUUAGCCUCUCUUUUUUUUGUUUGCCAGACAAGCCUUUUUAGUCCUGCAUUUUGUACCUGAGCCUGGGAGUGAGUUGUCUUACACCCAGUCUAUCUGUGUGUGUGUCUAACUGAUGGAAGGAACCAACAUCAAAGCUCUCUGGUCUCAUCAGAUCUGCUGAUGAACAAAGGAACUCUACUGAUGAAACCAUGUCUUCCUCAAAACAGUGGAGUAAAGAAAUCGGGAUAUUCUAAGAAAUACUGUACAGAUAAUGGUCAGUUUUACAGGGUCUUGGAGCAUUUGCACCAUACAAUUAGCCGAUCAAUGUUUGUUUGAAUUCAGUAAGCCUAAACUAGUAUUUUUAUUCUUUUGUAUUUUUUAAAAUUCUGUGAAUUAUGCUUUACCAAACCCAGUAUGAACCAGAGUAGUGAGAGAAUUAUGACUUAUGCUGGGAUUCAAUCUGAUCACGGGUUAUAGGCAUUUCAGCUUUUGAAAAUCUAUUUCCAAGUAGGCAAACGCAGGCACUUUUUACCGCGAAAGGGGGGCGCCGCUGAUGCCUUUAGAAGAUGCAAAUGCCUAAAACCGGCGGUCAGGUUGCAUAGCAGCAAUAAACCUCAGGGUAUGAAGAGAGAAAACACUUCGAUUGUAGCAUAGACGUCUUGGGUACCCCUUUACCGAGACCGUCUGAUUCAAGUUGUUACCUCACAACAAACCACUCUUACAAUGUGGCCGCUUUCAGUGGUUCAGAUUAUGCAAAAAAUUGAUGAGUUUGAAAGCAUUUUGAUUAUGAAGUUACGGCAGAAGUACCAGUAGAAUGAUGACGUUCUGAGGUUGAUUGGGGUACCCAAUACAAGUAGUUUCACAUCUAGUCAAAACACCGCUGACACUCAGUUGAUAUUUUACAUUGCUAUCACAUUUUCUGAAGUUGAUUGAGACGAUUUUGUUUUCUAUAUUAAGGAUGUCUGUCCAGUCUGUUUGGUCUAGUCAACGUUGUUAUGCGGAUGUCUCGGCCAUCCAGUAGCACUUUACAAUCUUUACAAAGUCCGUCUUGUAAAGAGCUUGAGCCUGGUCGUGAUUCCAGCGAACAGCUUAAUGAAGGUUGUGGGUCUUGUCCUGAACAAAACGUUUGACGGCGGUAGCUCUCAGAGGGUUGUGUAAAGCCAUUCCUGUAUUAGCUAAGAUUGCCUUCACAGUGAAUGCUUCAUGCUGUGUGUCGACUGGCUCAGUCACAAAUUACACACAAUCUGUAACUCUUCAACCCCUAAAAAUUUACAAUCCUGUUAGAUCUCCUCUAGUGCCUCAGCAAUGGUUUCCACUGUCUUGAAAAAAAAUUGUCAGGCUUUCAACUUUUGACGUUGGUAAUUGUAAAAAAAAGGUCUGCGUUUAUUUAGCAGACAUUUCCAAAUGAACUACACCAUGCUAGUCAGCAAUUGAACAAUUGAUUUGUGUUACUUUUUAGACACACAAACAUACGCAAGCGUGGAACCGAAGGAAUUAACAACUGCUCAAAGGUCUUCACCCAUUCCAUGAAAAAAGAAAGGUUCUCUCUCUGCAUAGAACAGGGAUGGGAACUGUUUGUUGCAGUGAUUGUGCUUGUACCCAUAGAGGCAGAUGUGGGGUUGUACCCCCAGGAAUGGAAGGAGGGCCAGAUAGAAAUUGUUUUGGAACCACUGGUCUAUGGUUUGGGUCUGGUUCUGGACCGAUCCAUAAUGUACACUAAUUAGGUUCUCAUUCAGCAGCAUCCAGUGUUUUGGACGUUGCAGAUAGAAAUGCGAUGAAGAGAUAUAUUAUUUCCUGCAGUGAACAACAAAGAAAUGUCUGUUUUUACACAAUACUUUCUGUAGAGGUUUGAUAUUUCCCCUGAAGAUGCCCAUGUCUUUAAUAUAUUCUUGACGAUAAUGAUUUAGACAAUUUGUGGCAUUUGAACAAAACUCUGCUAGCCUAUGACAAUAUGAAAUGGUGAACACAAAAGUAAUCUGAGUUAUUGAUUUUAAUCAAGUCGUACGUUGACGUCAAAAUAGUUCUUUUAUACAUUUUUUGUUCAAUGUUUUUCAAAACAAAAAUGUAAUACCUUCAUUUUAUUUGUUUGAUAAAUUAUGCUUUAACUUAAAGGCUAGAUAAAAUGUUGUCUAGUUGAUCUAGGUACUUUCUGCUCUUUGCAGUGCUACACAUUUUAUUUUCAGUAUGCUAAUUCCAAGUGAACACAGCAACACUAAAGCAUGCCAAGUUAAAUUACAUCCUUGUGUUUAUCGACUGUACCCUUAAGCUCAAAGUUAAGCCAAUACUAUACAUCUAAUAUUUGCUACAGGGAAGGCUAAAUGGACAGAUGCUGGAGAAUAUUAUUGGGAUAGUUCAAACCAAUUCUGCAUACUAAAACAUUUCCUUACUUUGAAAGCAGUCUACAGACAUGAAAUGACUGCAAUUUUGUUUGUAUAUAAAUAGCCACUGCCAAAUAUAAGUAUGUAAAAUCACUGAGCUCUCCCUUUAAGGUAGCACAGUAAAAUCUGAAAACCGCACUUUAAUGUUGAACAGGAGCCCCAGCAUGGUAGACUUGGCUGGGGACUAACACUAAAAACUUUUCCCUCUUUUUCUAGUAAAGUUGUGGGAAAAGCACAGUAGGACUCAUAUGUCUUUGUGGUGUUCCAUUCACUCAGCCAUUAUUUCAAGAAUAAGCAACACCUGAAAUAACAGCCUUAAUGUAACAGGGACAUGGAACUGCAUUUUAGGGUAAAACGUACAUAAAUCAGUGCCAUUCAGUGUGAAACGUGUUGAUUGUGAGAAGUUAGAAUCGUUUCCUUCGUCCUUUUAUUGCCUUGCUCUGAAACAAGUGAGAAAUGGUGGCGCACCGUUUCUGUUAUUGUUCUGUGUCUUUCCCUCAAUGUUGUACCGAGUCAGAUAUUUAUUCUUAGUAUAUGUGUCUGUCAGAUUCAGUACUGUAAAGAGAUCUUUCUGGAGUUAAAAAAGAAAUCUACCACUCCAAUAUUUGUUUAGAAAAUCAGCCUCAUUUUAACCUUUUUAAAAGCCAAAAGUUCCUGGAGUUCAGGUUGUUCAACGUGAUGCCAAUAAAUUAUAUGAAAACCUG